AAGGUGCUGGUGAAGGCGGCCUACAACCCCAGCCAGGCCGUGCCCUGGAACGCGCUCAAGGUGCAGACGCUCCCCAACCAGGUAGCGACCCCCGGGACGCCGUCCCCGCCGCUGCUGCACGUGGCCUCGCUGGGGCAGAAGCAGGGGAUCCUCGGGGCGCAGCCCCAGCUGCUCUUCCAGCCUCCCCGCGUCCCGCGGCUCUUCCCUCAGAAACCAGUGAACGUCUUCUCAGCGCCCCCGUCCCUUCCCCUGGGACACCCAGGGAGAUACCCGGGCCGAGGACCGAAGGGCUGGAACGACCCCGGCAGGUGGGACGACUUCGACUCGAAGAAGCGGAAACAGAAGGGUGCCGAGCCCUGGGCCGUGAAGAAGCCUCGCCAUGAGCUGCCCCAGUAUCGGGUGCACUUUGCCCACUACGCCGUGGACAGCCCCUUCUGCGACGCCAUGGAGAUGCCUGGUGUCCUCCCUGUGCUGCUGCUCUCCUCCCCGGGCCUCGAGGAGUUUUACCGCGCCUGCUUGUCCUACAUCGACGAUUCCAGCGAGCAGAGGGAGGCUCCCGAGCACCCCACAAAACAAAUCAAGUUCCUGCUGGGAAAGAAGGAGGACGAGACGGUGCUCAUCGGCGGCGAAUGGUCCCCGUCGCUGGACGGGCCGGAGGGUGGUCCCAUGGUCCUUGUUCGCACGGCCAUCCGCUGCACCAAGGCUCAGGCUGGGCUGGACCUGAGCAGCUGCACCAAGUGUGAGGAGUGCGGCGUCUCCCGGUUUGUCCGCACCGGUGCUCCUGGAGCGCUCGAGGCGCCCCGAGGACCGCCUGCCAAAAGCGAGCCUGGGAACACGGAGGCAGAGAGGCCGGCAGGCAGCGAGGCAGCCGCAGCGGGGGGGGAGCAGGAGAGCAGCAAAAGUGAGUGCAAAGGAGAUCCCAAGGAGUCUCCGGACGACCUGUGCGUGCUGAGCCUGGAGGACGGCCUGCUGCUGCUCCGGGAGGAGGAAGAGGAGGAGCUCGGCAGCGAGGCAGCCGCAGCGGGGGGGGAGCAGGAGAGCAGCAAAAGUGAGUGCAAAGGAGAUCCCAAGGAGUCUCCGGACGACCUGUGCGUGCUGAGCCUGGAGGACGGCCUGCUGCUGCUCCGGGAGGAGGAAGAGGAGGAGCUCGGUGCCAAGCUGGAAGAUGCUGAAGUGAGAUCCCCUGCGUCCAACCAGUCGGAGAUGGAGUUCUCCUCCCUCCAAGACGUGCCCAAGGACCUGGAUCCGAGCGCCGUGCUCCCACUGGAUGCCCUCCUCGCCUUCGUGUACUUCGAUUCCAACUUCUGCGGCUACCUGCACCGGAGGGACCUGGAGAAGAUCCUGCUGACGCUGGGGCUGCACCUCUGCAAAGAGCAGGUGAAGUGCCUGGUGAACCGCGUGGUGACGCAGUACGUGUGCCAGUACCGCAACCUCCGCUACGGCCGGCACGACGGCCCGGAGGCAGCAGGCGCCGAGCGCGGCCCGGAGGAGCAGCAGCUGGGAAACCUCCCUCUGCUGCCUCCUGCCCGGCCGCCAGCCGCGGUCUCCCCUCCGCCGCCGGCGGAUGCGGAGCAGGGAGGCCUGGUCUCCCACAAGGGCACGGUGCUCAACGUGGGGAAGCUGCUGGAGAAGGCGGAGCAGGCGGAGAGCAGCCGCCUCUAUCUGGAGGGCAAAAUCCACACGCUGGAGGUCAAGCUUGAGGAGAGCCAGAGCCGCCUGGCAGCCACCGAGUCGACCAACAGAGCCCUCGCGGCCGAGCUGCGCGACGUGCAGCGGCGCCUGGCCGAGGUGGAGGAGCAGGCGAGGGUGUCCGAGAGGCAGAAAUCGCAUUUCCAGCGGCUCUUGCGGGAGCACCGAAAGCGCCUGGGCCCCGUGCAGCAGGAGAUCCAGAGCAUCCUCGAGAAGACCGAUAACUGCUUGGAACAGGACCUUCCUUCCUCCAACUGA